AUGGCUUCUUUGCACUGCAAUUCAUCCGUGAACUCGGAUGCCAAUGACGAAAUCAAAGAGAAGACGGCCUCAGAAAUGAUCGAAACUGUUGCAGAACCUCGAGGAAGGGUCGAGGUACAAGAAAGCGCCUGGGAUUCGGCCAAGAAUAGCCCCAAGGUGAUUCUCUACAGUAUUGGGGCUUGUGCGAGCUCAAUGCUCUGGGGAUUUGAUAUCGGAGUAAACUCUAUAUCCACCUCACUGCCGGGGUUCAAAAUGGUCUUUGGAUAUGAGUACCAAAAUGAGCUGUUGAUCUCAGCCUCCUGGAACGCACUCUGGACGGCAAUGACCUCUCUUGGAAUGUUGAUCGGAAGUAUAAUAUGCGGGUGGAUUUCAGACCGCGGUGGUCGAAGACUUGGAUUCGCAAUCGGCUCUGCGGUUUCAUUACUUGGCGUUGGGCUUGAAUAUGCUGCCAAUGAGCCCGGAUUGCUUUUGGCUGGCAAGAUUGUAAACGGUUUUGCUUUGGGUUUCUUCCUCACAUUAAGUUCUAUCUAUGCGUCUGAAAUUGCCCCAACCCCGCUCCGUCCAGCCUUAACUGCCGCCGUCAAUCUGUUCAUCAACGCUGGCCAACUAAUCGCCAUCGGUAUUGGAAAUUCGCGAUUUACUAUAAUGAGUCCGGCCUCUUAUAAGGUCUUGUUUGCAGCACAAUGGUCUUUCCCUUGUUUCAUCGCUUUGGUUUCGAUCUUCAUGCCCGAGAGCCCGUGGUACCUCUGUCGCAAGGGCUGCGUGGAACAGGCCAAAAAGAGUCUUGAAAGAUUGCAUUUGAAGACCACUGAUACAUCUUUAAUUUUGGAGGAUAUCCAGGCUACAAUUGCAGAUGAGCAGGCGAUCGCCAACGCUCAGCAAAAUGCAUCCUUCAUGGACUGCUUUCGUGGCACCAACUGGCGAAGGACCCGAAUCGCCUGCGGAAUGUUUGCGGUUCAACAAUUCACGGGUAUCGCGUUCUAUUCUCAGGCUUUGUACUUCUUGGGUAUUUCUGGUUUACCUGUAGCCCUAACCUUCCAGCUGGCUCUAGGUGGCUUUGGGGUGGCUAUGCUUGGAAACAUAGUUUCAUGGUUCAUCAUGAACUACGUCGGUCGACGACUACUUCUGCUGACUGGUAUCAUCCUCAAUGCCCUCUGUCUCAUGUCUGUGGGCGUUGCUGGAUGUUUCACAAGCAUGGCAGCACUGUACUAUAUUGGAUAUGUCAUGAACUUUGCUCAAUUGUUCUAUGCGCCAACUGUCGGGGCAGUCAGUUGGACGAUUAGUGCAGAAGUCAGCUCUAUUAAGAUCCGAGCUCGAACGCAAAGUUUGGCGAUCGUAACAAAUGCUUUCGUCAGUUGGGUAAUGAACUUCAUCGCGCCCUACCUGAUAAACACUGAUCAAGCCAACCUUGGAGGCAAAGCCGCAUUUGUUUGGAUGGCUCUCUCUUUCUUCAGUCUGAUUUGGGCUUGGUUCGAGGUACCAGAAUUCAAGGACCGAACCUACAGUGAACUAGAUGAUUUGUUUACUAGAAAGACACCGACAAGAGGAUUUCGCAAGCAGGUUACAGGGACGAGGCUGGACUCUUGA